AGGGGUGGGUGUGGCUAUAAAGAUGGUGAUGCACCAACUUUAAAAACUCUGCUUUUCUUCUUCAUCCAUUCUUCUUUCUUCUUCUUCACCCACACCAAAAACUCAGAAAUUAACCAUGGGCAACUGCCAAGCUGUUGAUAACGCCACUCUAGCUAUCCAACACCCAAAUGGCAGAGUUGAUAAGCAUUACUUCCCUGUUUCCGCCGCCGAAAUCAUGAAGAUCAACCCCGGCCACUACGUCGCCCUCCUCCUCACCACCACCCUCUACUCCUCCUCCUCCUCCGCCGCCGCCGCCACUAGCAACAGUGCCCCUCUUCGUGUCACUCGAAUCAAACUUCUUAGGCCUACUGAUACCCUCCUUCUUGGCCAUGUUUACCGCCUUGUCACCUCCCAAGAGGUGAUGAAAGGAUUAUGGGCAAAGAAGCAAGCAAAGAUGCAGCAGCCGCAGAAAAUUGGAAAUGUGACACAAAAAAAUACUAUUAGUAGUUCAGAUUGUGAAGCUAUGGCCAGGAAAAAAGAUGAUGUGAAGAAUAAUACUACUAAUAAUAAUCAGGAAAGGCAGAGGUCAAGAAGUAAGACGCAAGUUAACUCUGCCACAUCCAAGUCCAGAGCAUGGCAACCAGCAUUAAAGAGCAUCUCUGAGGCUGGAACCUGAUCCUUCUUCUUCUUCUUCCUUUUUUUAAUUAAUCUUUUCUGAACAUGUACUCCUACUAAUUAGAUUGAGAUUUCUGCAAAAUACUUAGUGUAGAAAAAAUAUUUGUGAAAACUGAAAAGGGCAAUCUCAAUCUGAACAUGGGAGUUACAUUGGAUGCUUAGACAGAUCCAGACGAGAAUAUGUUCAGUGUUCUGCCACAGGAAAAACACUCAAAAUUGCACUUGUUAAUUACUACUAUUAGCUAGUAGGAGUAUUUUCUAAUAAAUUGUGCAUCUCUCUCUCUCUGGCACAUUAAUUGUAAAUUGUCAUAAUGCUUUUGGAGAAAUAUGCAGUUGAAUUUCAAAAUUGGUUUA